GUUAGUCUUUUCACAAGACACGCAGCCCUCUCAAGCACUCAGAUAAAGGUUCCAGAGACACCUGCAGCUUUCCCACAGUAAUGAUAAAACUUGAGGUGGUUGUGGGCAGGCAGGAGGUAUAAAAAGGAAGGAAGAUGCCCAUGUCUCACAGCAAACAGCUUGCAGACCGGCGUGGACAUGAAGACCCUGAUAUUGUUGGCAUUGCUCGAAGUGGCAUGGGCGUCCGAUGAGAAGGUGGUGGGAGGUUAUGAGUGCCCCAGGCACUCCGCACCCUACCAGGCCUCCCUGAGUGACGGUUAUUUCCACUUCUGCGGUGGCUCCCUCAUCUCCAGCCAGUGGGUUGUGUCUGCUGCCCACUGCUACAAGUCUCGCAUCCAGGUGCGCCUUGGUGAGCACAGCCACUCCUCCAACGAGGGCAGCGAACAGUUCAUCGACUCCGCCAAGAUCAUCAAGCACCCCAACUACAACGACAACACCCUGGACAACGACAUCAUGCUCAUCAAGCUGAGCCGCCCGGCUGCACUCAACAGCUACGUCCAGACUGUGGCCCUGCCCAGCAGAUGCCCCGUGGCCGACGAGGGCUGCAUGGUGUCCGGAUGGGGUAACACCAUCACAAGCGGAACUGCCAUGCCUGACCGCCUGCAGUGCCUUAGACAACCCAUCAUCGAUGAUCGCAUCUGCAAGAAUGCCUAUCCCCACCUGAUGACUGAGAACAUGCUCUGUUCUGGCUUCAUGCAUGGAGGAGCCAGCAGCUGCCAGGGUGACUCUGGCGGACCUCUGGUGUGCGGUGGCCAGCUGCAGGGUGUGGUCUCCUGGGGCUAUAAGUGUGCUAUGGCGGACCACCCCAGUGUCUACGCCCGCGUGUGCCGCUACAACAGCUGGAUCCAGGGUGUCAUGAACAGCAACUAAAAACCCAUACACACCUCUGUUCCAAUGAGACAAUGUUGUCAUGAUGAACUCUAUGGCCAAUAAAGACAUUCUGGACUGAAA